UUUAAAUUAAACGAGCAUAUUUUAAUACUCUUUUUCUCUCUGUUUUAUCUAUCGACAACCAAUCUAUGUAUUACAUAACGCCGCAAAAUAAUACACAGAUUCUCAUUGUCAGUGUCGUUUACUCGCUAGAAACGUGCGCUGUAUAACCGACGAAUCGUGCAGUGAAGGUGUGUCAAAUCAAAAUCAUUUUUAUAUUUUUUGAUAUAAGUUCAUGUCUACAAAUCUUUAAAGAAUAACACAGAUAUCUGUCAAAUCUUUCAUUCGAAACGUAGAAAAAUAAAUAAUCAAGAUUUUCGAUUAAUCAUCAAUCUAAAAAACGUACGAAUGGCGAAUGAAGAAAAAAAAGUCAAGGUAUGUGUGAUCGGUGCUGGCGCGGCUGGUUUGUGCGCAGUCAGACAUUUGGCGGUAAAUGCGAAAUACGAAACAACAGUCUACGAGCAAACGAAUGAAAUAGGAGGUACAUGGGUUUACAAGGAGCAAGCAGGCUUCGAUGAAAAUGGCUUGCCAAUCCACUCCAGCAUGUACCAGAAUCUAAGAACCAACUUACCUGCAAAGAUUAUGAAUUUUCCGGAUUAUAUUACAAUGGAUGCGGAAGAACCUUGUUGUGUGAGUCAUCAGGAGGUUUUAAAAUAUUUGAGAGAUUAUGCCCAGCACUUUGACAUAUGUCGACAUAUUCAAUUUAAUACAAGAGUUGAACACAUUCGACUUGAAUUAUUCGAACAUAAUAAUAAGGAGAAGUGGUCUGUGCAAGUGAAAAAAUUAAAGACAAACGAAACGGAACUCCAGUACUUUGACGCAAUUAUGAUUUGUAACGGACACUAUUUUGAUCCUUACAUACCGAAUAUACCCGGUAUUGAUAGUUUUCCGGGUUUGAUAUUGCACAGUCAUGCAUAUAGAAAGCCGAAUGAGUUUGUCGGAAAAAAGGUGUUAGUGUUGGGUGCAGCUUCAUCUGGUAUUGAUAUAGGGAUCGAAUUAUCCGAUUACGCUGCUUGCGUGUACUUAAGCCAUAAUCAUGAUAGAUUAACAAGCCCUUUACCAUUGACUAUGAUACAAGUAGCUGGUGUCCAAAGUAUACAAGAAACUACAUUCCGUCUCCGAGAUGGAACUACUGUCAAUGAUAUUAACAUCCUUAUUUUUUGUACUGGAUACAAAUAUAGCUUUCCUUUUUUGAACGAGAAUUCUGGCAUACGAAUUGAUAAUAAUUAUGUAACGCCGCUUUACAAACAUCUCAUUAACAUUGAGCAUCCUUCAAUGUGUAUUGUCGGUAUACCUACGAUCGUUGUGCCUUUUCCCAUGUUUCAUAUGCAGGUGCAAUAUUUCUUGGCUUUACUGGAAGGUCGAGCAGCUUUACCCGCAAAAUCUGUGAUGUUGGAAGAUUCAAUUUUAAAAUCACCAGAAAAAAGACACGCGCAUAAAUUGAUGGAUCGCCAAUGGGAUUACAACGAUUCAUUGGCGAUCGCCGGUGGAUUUAAUCGGUUACCAUUGUUUUAUAAACUCGGUUAUAAAGCAUGGUCAGAUCAAAGAUCUAUGAAUCUUUUGCGUUAUAAAGAUUCCAGAUUUGUUAUUUCUGAAGAUGAACAAAGCGUCGAGUUAAUUAUACGAUUAUAAUUAUUAGAAUAAAAUCUUGCACAAUUCCAUUCCAUUCGCUUAGUGAUAAUCACAUCAAAUUUUAUAAUAUUAUAGUGUAUUUUAACUAAUAUACUUUUAUUUUAUAUAAUGUGCUGUCUGAAAACACAUAUAUAUUAAUAUACAUUUAUAUUAAUAAACUUUUCAAGCAUUUAUUCAAAUUUUAUAUUUAAUUCAUUGUCAAAGAAAUAUGGCAUCAAUAUACAUAUUAGGCGAAUACGCCCCGUAAUUUUUUUCAUUUUAACUUCUUUCAUCUUUUAUGUUUUAAUUACGUUAUAAUGUACGUGUAGAAG